AUGGCUACAAAGGCUGCGAGGAUAGGCGAAGAAGUGUGGAAAUCCCGCAUCGACAAGAUCAACGCCGAAGUUGUAACCCUCACCUACGGCACCAUCGUUGCUCAGCUCUGCCGCGACAUCACCGUCCCGAACACCGUCAGCAAGACCGACUACAAUGCCGUCAACAAGGAGCUCGACCGUAUGGGCUACAACAUGGGUCUGCGCCUGAUCGAGGACUUCCUCGCAAAGUCCAACACGGGGCAAUGCAGCAACUUCCGCGAGACUGCGGAGAUGAUUAGCAAAGUGGGCUUCAAGGUCUUCAUGAAUAUCACGCCGACGGUGUCGAACUGGAGUAAAGAGGCGGAUAGCUUUCAUCUAGUGUUUGAGGACAACCCAUUGGCGGACUUUGUGGAGUUGCCAGACGAUGGGAGGGCGCAGGAUGAACUCUGGUAUAGCAAUAUUCUGUGUGGUGUUAUCAGAGGGGCGCUCGAGAUGGUUCAAAUGCAGGUCGAGGCACGCUUCGUGAGCGACGUGCUACGUGGUGAUGAUACUACGGAAAUGCGUGUCACCCUGAUCCGGAUUAUUGAGGAUGAGAUGCCGCCGGAUGAUGAAUGA